AACUUUAUGUAUUUAAGUGGUGCCUUUUACAUAAUAGUGACAUCAUGGCAGCAAUGAGUGUGAUGUGGACCAUAUAGGUUGACCUGGAUGUUUUUAGUUGCUUUUGGAGUAACGCACCAAUAACAGGCUUUUUUCUACAAGUUGUCUUAGGUAAAGUUUCGCGGUUGAUUCAGGGAAAAAAAUGCCAUCUAACAGAGACAGAGUGCGUCCUCAAACUCCGGAAAUCCGAAAAGUUCUGCAAGAAUUACCGCAAAGGCCAGGCGAACCUUACGUAUCAACAUAUUCACCGUUGCUGCUUUUUUGUAUUGAUGACAUUGAUGUAUCUGAACUACGCCGAUAUUUGGAAAGAUACCGCGCCGAUUACAAUCGUCCGAGCUGGCCGAGCGAUUUACUUGAUCAACUGUACGGAAAAUGUUCCGAAUCCUUCGAUCAAAUCGAGAAGGCCUGUGAAAGCUUGGACAGACUAUGUUCUAUUGCCCGUUUUCUGUUUUCGAAAUUUGCCUUUCGAAAGCGUGCAUUUGGCGCUACGGGCAUUAUCAAAUUAAGCUACCCUACUCGGCUACGCUCACAACUCGAUGAUAGCGUUUUGAUGGUGACAGUUGUAGAAAGACUCACAACGGAACUGCAGCGAUGGCGUGAAGGAGAUGACGAUCGAGUUUAUAAGGCGAACGUGCUCUACACUCGCCGGCCGGGUCUUGCCGUAUUCAGUAUUGAUCGUUACGAUGCGGCCAACACAUCGUCUUUGCCAGAGACGUGCCUGAUCUACAUCGUCGACGAUAUUCCUUCAAUGUUCAUUGUACCUUACCGUACGCCGAUCAAAGUUAUACUUAGCUCCUUGCAGGUGGUGCUCGGACGCCGAAUACUGCCCCAAUAUGCUGAAAAGAAACUACCACUUUGUCAAGUCAUUACUAACGAAGCAGCGAAACUCGGCCUUCGACGAGAUAAUUUUCCAGAUUAUCUGAAGGAUUUGCUGCACUUUCAACCGAACACUUUGCGCCGGUUGGUUCGGGAACCCACUCUUACCAAGUAUCCGGCCGAGCAUUCCUGCCCAUACAAAGAAGCCCACUUUGAAAUCACCGAAGGUUUGGAGUUGACCGUAAAAGCUAAACAGGGAGCGAAUCUUUUAGAGGUGUUAUACGAAAUGGAAAAAACGAAUGAGAUAUCAUUACCCGAAAAAGUUAUUCAUGAGCUGGCUAAUGGAGCAAAAAACGUCUUUAAGCCGUUUGAGCUCCUCUGAUAUAUAUAUAUCCGAGUGAGUACCAGCAAUGCUUCCUUUUCAAAUGGAGGAGGGACGUUAUAUCGGCAUAGUACGUGCAUAUACUUAUAAUGGCUGCAUAUUAUACACACUUAUAUAUACGUGCUGUAUUUGUAGCUGUUCGAAGGUGGAAAAAGGCUUGUGUUGUUCAAUAAACAAUCGUGUGUAUAUUGCUAUUUGAAAAUUGUUUAUCUAUAUGGAGAUGAUCUGUGAGAAAAUUGUUUUAUUUGUUUUACGAACCAAAUUCACCGCACGGAUAGCCACAUUUAGGACUAAUUUCGGUGUAAACUUUAUGCCAUUUGCAUAGCAGGAAUUCCUUCUUAGUGCCGAGAAUCGAGCGUAUUAUUUUUUCCAAUGGUAUGAGCCAAUAGUCCUUACGUGGUUGAGCUACUUGUCAGGUACAAACAGGUUUUAAGCAUUCGGUUCACUAGUAAAUAAACAAACGCUGUUUUUAUUAAUAAUCUGUAGGUGGUGAAAAUUUUAAAACGCUUGUAUAUAAUAAACGUUUUGAAUCAUUAAGUCUUUCGUUAAUCAUUAAGUAAGAUUAUGACUACUCCACUUAGGUGUAAACUCUAGAUCUUUUUUACAUGAACAAAAACAGAAAUAUCGCAUAGAUAACUAAUAAACUCUAUGCGUAGACAAUAUAUCUUAAAACUGAUGUGGGCUAUAUGAAGUUCGCACGUAUGGAACUUUUAAGUCGGGGCCCAUAUGAAGUGACCAGUUGUUUGAGGUCUGUCACGUAAAACACAUGCACAUUUCGAGAAAAACAAGAAACAAAUUUAAGCUACUUCGCCGAGAACUGUGAAGAUUAGCGUAAGUUCCUAAAGAAGUUUAAGGAAUCACGUAGAUCAUGAUGCUAUUGCAUGGCGGCGUAGAGAUUUAACAGACCUAGCUAUCGAUCCAACUUGUAUUCGUUAUUUACUGUUGGGAAUUUUUACGUUUUGGUCGAGCAUUGAGACUUUGUCUGAAUUCUUUGGUGCGGUUCUCUAUUCUGAAUACCGACAUUUUCCGCAAUACAAAUCGUCCACGUCAAUUAUUAUACGACACCAUUUUAGAAUAAGUAACAUGAAAUUUAUUUACAGUAAUAUGUACAUUAUUUCGGCGGCUGUGUGCGUGCGCUUCUGUUUUUUUCUCGUAUAUAUCGCUUUGUUUUGAGAAACGUUCUAGGUUGUUUCCACUUCGAUACCCGCGUCACGUUUUCGUGUUGACGGCAGCAAAGUUAUUUCAUCUCAUUGUCGGAUGCCCGGCCGUGAUAGUCUAGAUAACAUCAGUUUGGUUUAUUUGCUCCAGGUUUAUGUCUACCAUGUAUAAGUUGCGAGCUCGUGUUAUACGUUUAGUAAUAAAAACAGCAUCAUGUUGAUUCAAACAGUUCACUCGGAUUUUGCUGUACUUAGUUGUAAGACGCCUAUUAUUUUAUAGACUUAGUGACUUAAAUAAAUAUAUACUUAAUAAAAUAAAAAUCAGUUCAAGGGGUUUGCAGGUUUUUUUUUUUGGAAAAAUCUUUUACUUAAAAAGAAGCAUUCAUAUCUGCAAACACCUCAAAGACGAAGUCGAAUAUAUAUACUAUUUUUUAGGUGUGUUGCCUUGAGUGUACGGAUCCAAUUUGGGUAAGCAAUAGUAUUAAAUGUAUUCGAACGCUAUUUUUUUGAGGUGUGUAUUUGUAGGCGACACAGUCGGCCUUCGAACGGUCAACAAACGCAGCAUAAAAUAUGUGUUGAAAAUAGGUGCUUUCUGUGACCGAUCUUCUUACGCUAUCUGUUCUUUUAUAUAUCCAUCAUAUAUUUCCUUAUUUAUCCCUUCAGUCUCGUAAACUACUGGUCUUCUAGCCAAUCUUUUUUUCAUCGGUUUAGUUGUUAGUCUCUAUAGCGAAGUUGGCGCAGUCGUUCCGGUGUUACACAGGCCGCCUCAUAAUAGAGUUCCUUUCCUUUGCUUUUACGUUUGUUCUCUCUUAAUUUUACUCAGCAUUCAUUUCAAACAUACUCUUUCUGCAUAAUGGCUUCCCUUCUUUUCUAGUGCCUCUAUUUUGGUUUGCGUUUAGUAAUUAUUUUUUUCCCAGUUUACUGCCUUUUCUAUACAUUCGCAUAGGUGCCUUUUAAGACGCUGCUAUGACUUACCCUCAGUGCAUCUUUGUAGUAACUGUUUUUACGAGAUAAUUCGUUCUAUUGCAAUUGAUUCGAUAGCCGGAUGAUUAGAUCGUUGCUUUUUGCAUUCGUGCGCUUUACCUAUACUCCAAACCAAUGUAUUCCUGCAUUCAUUAGUGUGGUGUUAUUUCAGCAGCAACCUCUAUGGGUUAUGUGGUACAAUCAGUGUAUUUACGAACUCUUAGAGCUUCAGCUAACAAUGAGUUAAUUCAUCCUGGUAACAUAACUAAUUCUGGUUUACUUUCUGUUAUUGAAUAUUCUGCAAUAACAGCAAAAUGUUUGGUAAAAAAAAGGGUAAUUUCUACAGGUCCAUUUCAGCAACAUAUCCUCGCUACUGAAUAUUUAUGGCAAAAAUAAAAUUUUGUCUAAUGCCACUCCUAUGCACCUACAAUCAGUACGUACCACAGCGGCCAUUCUGAUGGUUGUUCCUGUCACGAGACACCAGCAAAAGGCCAAAAAGAGUCUUUUUAUGUGUUUCUGAAAAAUUGAUCUGUUUUAAGACGCAGGGCAGAACAAAAGAUUGUUUCAAAUAAAACGAGUACCAGCAAGCAUUUGCGAAGCGAUUGAGCUGCUCUGCUUCCAGUCUACAAAGAGGCCGCGGAUAAUCAUACAUUUAAAAAAUAACUAACGAAAAGUUACGAUAACAUAAGAAUACAUAUAAAAAUGAAUUAAUAGAGAUAUCGUAAACAUGAUGCGCUAAUGAAACGAGGAGUAUGUCCAAGUUCAAAAAUGCUCUUCUCUACACGGGGACGUGGAUGCAAGAUGAUUCGUCAGGCUACUUGAUAAUAUCUAAUGGACCCAUAGUCACUGUAGAAAACGCAUUUUUUAAGACAGAACAAAUUAAGCUUAUCAGUAUGUACAUACGAUGAAGACCAGAAAUAGUCAAUAGAACGUAAUGAAAUCAUAUAACCUGCAACGUCUGGCAUCACGUAUUACAACCAGAUCAAGGUCAAUGAUAUGCGUUUCCUCUGUAACUGCAACAUUUUUCUCAGUGUAUAAUUUGCCAAGCGCCUAACCUUAAAUUUCGUUGAAAACCGUAAAUCUCUUCUAUAUCUAGUCCAACCAUGCGAGUGACUUCAGAAUGUUGUGCGAUUGAGUAGUGAGAUAUAACUCAUACAAAAUUAGUGUGCAAAAAUUUGAUCACCAGUAAGUGCUUAACUUUAGCCUAACGCAAUUAAAAACUUUUUGGUAAAAGUUGAUAUGACAACUGUAAUUUUCAUUAUUCCAGUAUAGUUUCAAAAAGUAUUAAAAUAACACACCACCCCUAAAUACUUUUGCAGUUUCAAAAUUAUAAGUAAAUUCGUAGAUUAACUCCUUUUUCAGGCUAAUUUUUUUCAACAUACGAACCUGAUGUUCUAGCUUUUAGUAGAAUUAUGAAUACAUUUGUAUAUGAAUUCAAAAAGCGAAUAGCGACACACGCGAAUCAUUACAUUAGGCGGAAUAGGGACAGGAAAUCGGAAGCAGGAAAGGUUUUCUGAUUUCGUUGGAAUAGAUGCUUAGUCCAUUCUUAAGCUUUCGGGUCUUUUGCACAUUUUUCCGAAUUUCACCCAGUUUAUACCUCUGUGUUUCAUUCUUCAAUCUAGCAUUGCUUUUUAGGGAAUGCCGCUGAAGCAGCCGGGCUAUGGGGUAUCGUUACAGUGUGAACGUUGGCAAUACGUCAGCCAAUGCCGAAAGAACAAAAACACGGGAAAUAUACAUACAUUUUGUCUAUUUGUCUUCACAUUUAGCUCCUUACUCUACAUCAUGUUUUUAUUUUCCCUGAUUUUCCCUUCGGUCAUAUGUUCGUCGCUCUAUUUAUCAUAGGUUUAGACGAUCCACCUCAUUCUUUCACAGCUUCGUCAGAAGCAUUCUAAAGUUCAACAGCUUAGUCGAAGAAUAUAAUUUUUUCGUUAUCGUCACUAUUAUCAACAUUUCUCUGGCUGGCUCGUGGUUUAUUCUAAACUGGUGAACUGAUUUUCGCACGAGUUCCCUAGCCAUUUGUUGGGUCUUCUUUUGCAAAUUAACAUUCGCACCGGUUCCGCCUCAAGCUCGCAAGCCAGUCCUAUGUCGGGCUACUGAAACAAUUCAUAACCUCUUCUACCUUCCUCAAAUGUAUUAGGUAGCCUCAGCUCAUUCUCAUUUUAGUUCCGUAUAACUUGUUAUUCCUUCGCCAGCUGAUGCACCCCGAGACCGCGCCAUCUGUCGUCCGCUUUUACGCCUCAAAAUCUACAUGUAGUAACGACGAAACAAAAAUAACAAUCAAGAAAUAAUGAUAAUAGUAAGAACCAUCAUCAUGAUAUCAGUGUAUUACAAAUAUUGUCCUGUCUACGUCAAUGUUUGCUCAGGCCAGCUCAAGUCCUCAUUAGUCUUCUUUAUAUCAUCAUUCGCCACCAAAUUUCCCUUUUUGUCUCCUUCUCGAUGUUUUACUUUUCCUUAGCUAUCCAUAUCCAGAGAUGACGUUGCUAUUUGUCUUCGUGUACGUUUAUCCGUCGGUUCAUUUGACUGCUUUCAUUUAUAUCCUGAUCGCUAUUUACCAGGCUCUCUUCUUUUACCUUUAGCAAUAAUCUUCAGCGUUUGCUGCUGUAUUCUGCAUUGAAUAUUCAUGUCAAUAUUACAUUGCGGCGGCGACGGACCACCACUUACGCAACAGCGAAUAAGCUCAUUAACACCUGCUCUUCGUGUUGUCAUCGUUCAUAGCAAUUGCUUAUAUGUUCGCUGACGGGGUUUCCCUUUUUUUUUUUUUUAUAAAUUAUUCUGCCGCUCAGUAUAGUGUCGCGGAAGAACGUACGUUUUGUAAUAUCGCCGCCGAUUAAUGUCUCCAUUCAGUGAGUCUUUGGAAACGAUUCUUGACUCGGAGACAGAUCCUAUCCAAAGGAGGACAGAAAAACACAAGGAGCUAUUCUUACCUACGGAGUCAUCGCUUUCGCUGUAUAUAUAUAUAUAUAUAGAAUAAUAUAUAUAUUAUUCUACACACACACACACACACAGUGGCCAUCUUACGUUCAGGCCAGUAGUAUCCACAUUAGCAUCGUGACGAUGGGGGUGUCCGAAACGGAAACAGCGAACACCUUGACGAUAGAUGAUUCAUUGCGACUCAUUCAAGACUGGACAGCUUGCCGACAGCGGCCAUGACAAUAACGAAAUCGACGGUUUGUGCCAUGCCAGUCCUACCCAGCAUUAGCUAGUUUAACCUGACUCAAUUUCUAUUCCUCCUUAGCACGCAUCUACUUCAAUUUCUUUUGCGUCUUGUUCGAACUCAAAUUGCUUCUGACUCAGAGAGGCUUAGCGUGCUCUCGUUCACUUCG